UUGAAGCAUCAUCGUGCAUGCAUUUUUGAAUGUACCAAACUGUGUUUCUUUUGCUUGCAUGCACAAAUGUUCUUCUCUUUCAUUUCAUCGCCGAUUCAGCUUUUCACAACGUCGUUUUUACCUGUUUGAUUUUGAACGGUUUUAAUUGAAGCAGUGGAAAGAAAAACAAGACGGCCGAAAACACGACGGUCAGAGGAAUCAAAUAUGGAGUUGAGUGUGACGUGUGAAGUUACUCGUGGCGGCGUUUAACAGGUUGUGACGUCAGCAAGAGGUCGGCUACCUUUUGUAGCUCGUGGUUUCAUGUUGAGCUGAAAAAUAAGUUAUGGAGUCGAGAAGUUGCAUGAAUGAGGUGUGUGGAGCGGCCACGUCGGCUGAGUGGAGAAAAGGCUGGGCUCUGCGAUCUGGUGUAUUCGCUGUUCUAUGUGAUAACUGCGGUUCCGCAUUUGAGCAGUCGAUGUUCUGUGAUGUGUUUCACUCGAAGGAGUCAGGUUGGAGAGAGUGCACUCAAUGUGGAAAGCGUCUCCAUUGUGGAUGCAUUGCUUCCAAGUCUUUAAUUGAACUUCUUGAUAAUGGGGGUGUUAGCUGUUUAAACUGCGCAAGAAAACCAGGACUUGAUUCUAUGGUUGGUGAUGAUAAGCCCAAUGGAUUUGGUACCAUAAAGGCUGAUAAUGCCAGUGAUUUGCAGUCAAUGUCUGUGAACAACCAAGUGGGUGGUAGUGUUGAGAAAAUGAAGCUUAUGCAGUUGGGCAGUACUUCAAAUGGUGUGGGGCUGAGACGCUUGCUUCAAUUUCAAGGCAAUGACCCAGAUGAGUCUUUUGGUCAAAUGAAACUGGAGGAAGCUGCCAAGCCAGACAUUUCUAAGGCAAAUAUGGGGGCAGAAGAUAUUUAUGAAUCGCUAGAUCAGACAAACUUAAGCAUCAGUUUGGGUUCUUCUGGAGGAAACUCGAAUGCUCGUCACAGUGUUUUUGACGAGAAGGAACAUACUAAGUCAUCUUCUGUAAUCCAACAAGGAACUAGGGCUCGUCAUCUUUUGCCUAAGCCUCCAAAGUUAUCCCUUUCCACUGGUUCAGAUGCAAAUGUUGGUAUACCCCAAAUUCGUGUUGCUAGGCCACCUGUUGAAGGACGUGGCAGGAGUCAGUUGCUUCCUCGCUACUGGCCCAGGAUUACAGAGCAAGAAUUGCAGCAAAUAUCUGGAGACUCAAAUUCCACUAUUGUUCCUCUGUUUGAAAAGGUUUUAAGUGCCAGUGAUGCUGGUCGCAUUGGCCGUUUGGUUCUCCCAAAAGCAUGUGCUGAAGCAUAUUUUCCUCCAAUCUCUCAACCAGAGGGCCUUCCUCUGACGAUUCAAGAUGUGAAGGGAAAGGAGUGGGUCUUUCAAUUCAGAUUUUGGCCCAAUAAUAACAGCAGGAUGUAUGUUUUGGAGGGCAUAACUCCUUGCAUACAGAACAUGCAGUUGCAAGCUGGAGAUACUGUGACAUUUAGCCGUAUGGAUCCAGAAGGAAAGCUUGUUAUGGGCUUUCGUAAAGCAUCAAACUCUAUUGCAAUACAGGAUACCCAACCUCCUGCCAUUCCUAAUGGCAGUCAUUCAAGUGAAAGUUUCUUUUCGAGUGUUUUUGAGAACCUAUCUAUGAUUAGUGGUUACUCUGGCGUUCUUCAGUCACUAAAGGGAAGCACUGAUCCCCACCUAAACACACUGUCCAAAAAUUUGAAUUCCACUCCUGGUGAUAUAAACUGGCUUAAAUCUGAGAGGUAUGAAGAUAAGACGAGGGAGAGCUUGCUGCUGCCUUCUAUGCUGGUACCAGAAAGAAAAAGAUCUCGAAAUAUUGGGUCAAAAAGCAAGAGAUUGCUUAUGGAUAGACUGGAUGCUUUGGAGAUCAAACUUACUUGGGAAGAGGCACAAGAUAUGCUCCGCCCACCCCUCAGUGUCAUGCCCAGCAUUAUCACAAUCGAAGACCAUGUUUUUGAAGAAUAUGAAGAACCUCCAGUUUUCGGGAAGAGGAGCAUUUUUGUAGUUCGUUCAAAUGGUCUGAUGUUCAGGGGACAAGAGCAAUGGACUCAGUGUGACAGUUGCUCUAAAUGGCGAAGAUUGCCUGUUUAUGUUCUUCUUCCACCUAAAUGGACAUGCGUGGAUAACGCCUGGGAUCAGACUAGGUGUUUAUGCUCGGCACCAGAUGAACUGACUCCUGGGGAACUGGAAAACCUCCUCAGACUAAACAGGGAUUUCAAAAGAUGGAGACUGGCAACAAGUCGGAAGCUGAAUCAAGAGAAUGAACCUUCUGGUCUGGAUGCAUUGUCCAACAGAGCAAUACUUGGUCAGAACAUGGGUGACCUGGCCACUGCACCAGUUGCUACGACCACUAAACACCCAAGGCAUCGUCCCGGCUGUUCAUGUAUCGUAUGCAUUCAGCCCCCGAGUGGGAAGGGCAAGCACAAGCCUACAUGCACAUGCAAUGUGUGUAUGACAGUUAAACGCAGGUUUAAAACCCUCAUGAUGAACAAGAAGAAGCGCCAAUCUGAGCGGGAAGCAGAGGUUGCACAGAGAAAUCAACCGACAUGGGCUCCCAAAGAGGAAGCAGAAGCCGAAGUAGACAGCAAUUCUAAUGAAGCCAGAUCUGCAAAUGAAUUAGAAUCCAAGAGCCAAAGCAACAAUAAGGGACAGAUUGACUUGAACUGCCGUCCUGAUCGAGAAGAAGGCACCCGAACGGGCUCGAACCACCGUGUGAGCAUGAUGAGACUGGUUCAAGUAGCAACCCUUCCCCUGGAGAAUUAUUUAAAGCAAAAUGGUCUUACAAGCUUGGUGUCUGAACAACAAACAAGCACCACAUCUCAGGCUCCACACCAAGCUACUAGGGAGAGCGACGGACGGGGUAAUGAGUUGACUUCUGCCACUCAAGAGCCAGAGAGUGAGGGAGAAGAUAAUUGUGGUCAAAUCCCAAAUGAUCCUCAAUAAAAAUUUCCUCAUUUACUUCUUCUAUGUUAGGGCUUUCUAUUUUUUGUAUGAUUAAAAAUUAUAGUUGUAGGUGUCCUUUGUGAGUUACAAAAUGUUUGUGUAGUUGGGAAGUGCGCCUGUUCUCAAGUACCAGCUCAAUGUGUAAUAUCAUGUAUGGUUAUUAUAAUAUUACGGUAUAC